AUGCAGGAUGAAAUUCUGCUGACUCCCUUCAGGGAAUUUCCUGCUGAGGACACGGACUCCUUUGCCUCCCCAAAUGAAGAGAAGUGGGAUUUUGUCCUGGUGAGUGACAUCCACGAAAUGGGCAGUGAGAAAGAGAUCAAGAGGAAGAAGUUCCUGGAUGAGCUGAGCAAGAAGGGCUUCACUAUCAAGAAAAUUGAGGACACAAAGCUCUUUUAUGGAGUCCGUGCCCCGCAGCACAUCUUCUGGAAAUACCAGUGUCUCCUGACGAACUCCAACAGCAGGCAGCAAAACUCCAGUGCCUACCAUGACGUCCCAGUGACCACCAGGAUACGGGUCGUGCACUUCAUCCUGCAGAACACUGUGACGUCCGACUUAGAGAAGCUGCAUGACCUGAUGAAGAAGAAGGUGUUUGAGGCAGCAUUUCCCCUGCACAAGAAAGAAGAGAUAAGGGAAAUACUAAAGAAGAAGUGGGCUCGUUGGAGAGUUCUAUUUAAGGAACAGCCAAUUGAGGAGAUCAGGUGCUAUUUUGGAGAGAAGGUGGCCUUGUACUUCGCCUGGCUGGGCUGGUACACCUACCUGCUGAUUUUCGCUGCCCUGGCUGGGCUGGCAACCGUCGCAGCUGGGGCUACUGUUUUCAGUUCCAGCCAGGUGAGCAAGGAGAUCUGUGAUGCCAACAACACCAUCAUGUGCCCGCUCUGUGACCAGAAUUGCUCAUUCUGGGUCCUUGCUGACACCUGCACCUAUGCCAAGGUCACUCACAUGAUUGAUAAUGAGGCCACAGUGGUGUUUGCCAUUUUCAUGGCCAUCUGGGCCACUGUAUUCCUGGAGCUGUGGAAGAGGGAGAGAGCCAAUGUGGCCACCAGCUGGGACCUGUACGGGUGGGAUGAGGAAGAGGAGGAGCUGGCUCUUCAGCUGAUCAAUAACUCACAGCACGAACCCCGGCUGUACCAGCACUCCUACUUCCGCAGCACCAUCGUCCUCAUCUUGGCCCUGCUGAUGAUCAUGGUGCUGAUCGGCAUUGCCCACGCACUCGUCAUCUACCGGGCGGUGGCCAUGGCUCUGUUCACGCAGAGCGAAGUGAGCCUGCUGAGCAAGCACGCCGACAUCAUCGCCGUGAUGACGGGGGCCGUGCUGCACUACAUCACCAUCGUCAUCAUGACCAAGGUCAACUGGCAUGUGGCCCUCUUCCUCUGUGACCUAGAGAAACCACGGACCUUCUCCCAGCGGGAGAACAACUUCACCGUGAAGAUCUUCCUCUUUCAGUUCUUCACAAACUUCUCCUCGCUCAUCUACAUUGCCUUCUUCCUGGGACGGAUCAACGGCCACCCAGGGCACUACGUGCGCAUCGCUGGCCACUGGAGGCUGGAGGAGUGCCACCCUAGCGGCUGCAUCACCGACCUCUUCAUCCAGAUGGCUGUCAUCAUGGUGCUCAAGCAGACCAUCAGCAACAUCAUGGAGUAUCUCAUCCCCUUGAUAUCCCACCAGCUACGGAAGAAGAAAAAGCGCCCCAAGAAGAGAAGCAUGAUGUUAGGAGAGGAGGAGGAGGUAGAGGACCCCUGCAAAAGGCAGUGGCUGAAUAACUAUGAACUCAACGAGGUCAACGUCUUCAGCUUGUUCAAUGAGUACUUGGAGAUAGUAAUCCAGUACAGCUUCACCACCAUCUUCGUGGCAGCCUUUCCCCUGGCCCCGCUGCUGGCCCUCAUCAACAACGUCAUCGAGAUCCACAUGGACGCCAUCAAGAUGAUGCGGCUGCGCCGGCGCAUGGUGCCCAGGAAGGCCAAGGACAUCGGGAUCUGGCUGCAGGUCCUAGAGGCCAUUGGCAUCCUGGCUGUCAUUGGGAAUGGGCUGGUGAUCGCCAUCACCUCCGACUUCAUCCCUGUGCAGGUCUACAAGUACAUGUACAGCCCCUGCAUGAGGGAGAACCACACCAGCAUGGACUGCUCCACCGGGUACAUCAACAACAGCCUCUCCGUAUUCCACAUCCAGGACUUCGAGCCCCACACCAAGGUGCUGCCAGAAUUUAAAGGGGAGCAGAUCAAGGAGUGCAGGUACCGGGAUUACCGGAAUGCUGACGACUACACCUACACCAUCCAGUUCUGGCACAUCUUCGCAGCCCGGCUCGCCUUCCUCAUCCUCUUUGAGCACGUGGCUCUGUGUGUGAAGCUGAUCGCGGCCUGGUACAUCCCCGAUGUCCCCCAGAAGGUCAAGAAUAAAAUUCUGACAGAAAAACACAGCAAUCUCCGUAAUGAACUCAGCACAACAGAAUACUCCACCGAGGUGUAGCCACCGCUCUCCAAGGAGAAGAACACGGACUCGAGCCCCUUUCCCAGCCUGGCAGUGCCAGGGGUGCCGGAUGAACCCCACGACACGGUGCCACGUGUCCCACCUGGGACCGAGCUGGACUUGAGCUGGGAAGUGAUGACAAGACAGUGGCUUCACAGGAG